GAAAUGUGCUUCUAUAGUGCCUGAACAAAUGGCAUUAAAGUUGCGAAACACACUAUUUUUAUUUCUACAUACUAAUUACUGGGAACAAUACAAUAAUUAUAAUAACUAAUAAUUUGCUAUAAUUUAUGGCACAGAGGUCAUAGCGAUGAAAUUUGACUGUUACAGGUCGAAAGUACAGAAAAAGAUCUAUAGAUGUGCCAUUUGUAGCUUUCAAACUAAACACAGGCAAAGUCUGCACCACCACAAGAAAGUUCACUGGGCACCGGAAAAACGACAGAUGUUUACUUGUGCGAAAUGUGACAAGAAAUAUAGAUUAAAAAAGAGUUUACAAUGCCACCUCAAGCGUGAUCAUCUUGAUUCCAGAAAUUCUGAUUCUACAUCUCCAACUGAUGAAGUGAUAUUAGGUUCCUUGAAAAUGGAAAUUGAUGAUUACACUCCACAUUUGGAUGACUUUAAAAAUGCUGAACAUCUAGCGGUGACUAAUAAAGUAAAAUCAGAAGUUUUUUUAAAAAUAGAACCUGAUGGUGUCACUCCGACUAUGAAUACGGACAUGCAAGAUGAUUUUAAAAAUACUGAAAAUUUAUCUGUAACUAAGAAGUUAUAUAUUAAACUCGAAGAUUUUAUAAAAAUGGAACCAAAAUAUGACGAUGAAGACGCGCGUUUUUAAAUGAAGAAAAUAUUCAUAAUGCAAUCUUAAAAAUUAAAAAAAAAUAACUGGUUUGUUUAAUUUUCACAUGUAAACAUUUUUAAGUUUUAUGUAUAGAUUUAUUAAUCUGAUAUUUUCAAAAAAAGUAAGUUUUAUAAGUUAUGUAGUACUUUUAUUUUAGCUUACUACAAAGUUCGUAAUAUAAUCAAUAAUCGUAAAA